UAUUCUAUUUUGUUUGACUUCCGGUGAUGAUGUGUUGUUGACGUCUCAUCACUUCCUGUCUCCACCCGUUGGCAGCCAUGAUGCAGGAAGGUCUGGACGAAGGACCUGACUUCCUCUCUGAGGAAGACCGAGGACCACGGGCAGUGAAUGUAGAUCUGCAGACGGACGCCACCCUGCAGGUGGACAUCUCUGACGCUCUGAGUGAGAGAGACAAGGUCAAGUUCACUGUCCACACUAAGAGCACGCUGCCUAACUUCAAACAGAAUGAGUUCUCUGUGGUUCGACAGCAUGAGGAGUUCAUCUGGCUGCAUGACUCGUUUGUGGAAAAUGAAGAGUAUGCAGGAUACAUUAUCCCACCAGCUCCUCCCAAACCAGAUUUUGAUGCUUCAAGAGAGAAGCUUCAGAAACUUGGCGAAGGAGAAGGAUCCAUGACCAAGGAGGAGUUUACAAAGAUGAAGCAGGAGCUGGAGGCGGAAUACCUGGCUAUCUUUAAGAAGACUGUUGCCAUGCAUGAGGUUUUCCUAUGUCGUGUUGCUGCUCACCCCGUCCUCAGGAAGGACCUUAACUUCCAUGUCUUCCUGGAAUACAACCAAGACCUGAGUGUCAGAGGGAAGAACAAAAAGGAGAAACUAGAAGAUUUUUUUAAGAAUGUGGUGAAGUCUGCUGAUGGUGUGCUAGUGGCUGGCGUUAAGGAUGUGGAUGAUUUCUUUGAGCACGAGAAGACAUUUCUGUUGGAAUAUCACAACAGGGUGAAAGAUGCUUCAGCCAAAUCUGAUAGAAUGAUUCGCUCUCACAAAAAUGCUGCAGAUGACAUCAACAGAAUCGCAUCAUCUAUCUACACAUUAGGAACACAGGACUCUACAGAUCUGUGCAAAUUUUUUCUUAAAGUGUCUGAGCUGUUUGAGAAGAUGAGAAAAAUUGAGGCCCGUGUUGCAGCAGAUGAGGACCUGAAACUGGCUGAUCUGCUAAAAUAUUACCUGAGAGAAUCGCAAGCUGCUAAGGACCUGUUGUACCGCAGGAGCCGGGCUUUGGUGGACUAUGAGAAUGCCAACAAGGCUCUGGACAAAGCACGGGCCAAAAACAGAGAUGUACUGCAGGCAGAGACGAGUCAGCAGCUCUGUUGCCACAAGUUUGAGAAGAUCUCUGAAUCUGCCAAACAAGAGCUUAUUGACUUUAAGACGAGACGGGUGGCAGCAUUCAGGAAGAACCUGGUGGAGCUCGCAGAGCUGGAGCUCAAACAUGCCAAGGGGAAUCUUCAGCUGCUGCAAAGCUGUCUGGGAAUCCUCAAGGGUAACACCUAACUCCACCACUGCCCCCACAGCCUAAAGGACACGCCCCACCAUCACACCCCUGCCCUCAACUUACUACGCCCAUUGUGGGGUGGGGCCUGGGCAAUUGAUUGACACUGAUAAUUUUGGACCAGAUAGUGAGUGAGAGUGAGAAAGAAAAAGAACGUGACAGGAAGUCCGUCAACUUCAUCAAUGCUGCAGCUUCUGUUCUGGUUCUGCUGGCCAUGGUCUAGUUUCAGACCUGUUCUGCCUGUAGUCAUGGUCCAGUAUCACACUUGUCUUUGUCCAGUAGAACCAGCUGGUCAGUGAUUUCCUGUUUGUUCUCUGGUCUAAAUCCAGUUUGGUUCUGGUUUUGUAGUGUAACAGAUUGAACUCUGGUUCUGGUUCUUGGUGUCAGUUCAGAACUGAUUUGAAACAACCAAAACAGCAGAGUCUGAACAGAAUGCCAAAAGGCUGCUCUGACAAGGCAAGGCCAGAGCCGCAUAUUGGUUCUAGUUCAUCACCUGAACUUCUGUGCUUCGACUCAGACAUGCUGCAGGUUGGGUAGCGUAUGAUGUCAUUUUAUUCAAUAAGCCUCAUUUCUGUCCGUGAUUAUCUUCCUCAUCUGUAUGUGUAUGUUCCUGUCUAAUAUUCCUUCAGGACACUGGUCCAGAUUCAUGUCCGCAAAAGUGACUUGAGUGGUGGUUUUAUUCCUGUGUGAUGCUUGGGGUCCAUCUCUCGGUUACUGUUCUUAUGAAAGUGAAAUGUCACUACAUGAAAAAAAGCCUUGUAAAUGUUUGUAUUAGACAAUAAAUGAAAUGCUAAUCACCUACAUCAUUAUUGUUAUCGUCACUAACUGUAGCUUGAUGAUUUGCCGUCUCUCGGCUGUUUCCUGUUUUGCCUUAAUGUGGUCAAUCACUUUGAUUUGUCGUAAAUUUUUGACACUGUUUAUGAAUGUGUGACCAAAGCUUCUUUUACGUGAUCAAAAAGAAAUAAACUGCAAAACAAAACGGCA